CAACUUGGAAGUGUAUACAGUAUACUUGCUGCCGUGUUGAACGUUGGAAACAUUGAAUUUUCCUCUGUGGCAACUGAACACCAGAUUGACAAGAGCCACAUUUCCAAUCUUGCUGCCCUGGAGAACUCUGCUUCUUUACUUUGCAUUCAGGCAGAUGAGCUACAAGAAGCUCUCACCUCCCACUGUGUGGUCACUAGAGGAGAAACCAUUAUACGACCCAAUACUGUAGAAAAAGCUACUGAUGUCAGAGAUGCUAUGGCUAAAACUUUAUAUGGCCGUCUCUUUAGUUGGAUAGUUAAUCGCAUUAACAGCUUGUUGAAGCAUGACACAUCUCCAAGUGGAAAUGGUGAUGAACUAAGCAUUGGCAUUCUGGAUAUAUUUGGCUUUGAAAAUUUCAAAAAAAAUUCCUUUGAGCAGCUUUGCAUUAACAUUGCAAAUGAACAAAUUCAGUAUUAUUUCAAUCAACAUGUAUUUGCAUGGGAACAGAAUGAAUAUGUAAAUGAGGAUGUUGAUGCCAGAAUUAUUGAAUACGAAGAUAACCGGCCCCUCCUAGAUAUGUUUCUGCAGAAGCCAAUGGGUUUACUAUCCCUACUCGAUGAAGAAAGUCGAUUUCCCAAGGCCACGGACCAGACUCUCAUAGAAAAAUUUGAAGAUAAUCUGAAAUCUCAGUACUUCUGGAGACCCAAGAGAAUGGAACUCAGUUUUGGAAUUCACCAUUUUGCAGGAAAGGUCCUCUAUAAUGCAAGUGGGUUCCUAGCUAAAAAUAGAGACACUCUUCCAGCUGAUAUUGUGCUGCUUUUGAGGUCAUCAGAAAACAGUGUGAUUCGACAACUUGUUAACCACCCUCUGACAAAAACAGGUAAUCUGCCACAUUCUAAAACUAAAAAUAUAAUAAACUAUCAAAUGAGGACUUCAGAAAAAUCAAUCAACCUAACAAAGGGUGAAACUGGUGAAACCACCCGUCAUGCCAGAGAGACGACCAACAUGAAAACACAAACAGUUGCAUCAUAUUUUAGAUAUUCCCUGAUGGAUUUGUUAUCUAAAAUGGUGGUGGGCCAACCUCAUUUUGUUCGUUGCAUCAAACCAAAUAAUGAACGUCAGGCAAGAAAAUACGAUAAAGAGAAAGUUCUGCUACAGCUUCGCUACACUGGAAUUCUGGAAACAGCAAGAAAUCGAAGGCUGGGAUACUCACAUCGGAUACUUUUUGCUAACUUUAUAAAGCGGUAUCACGUCCUCUGCUACAAGUGGAGCGAGGAGCCGGCCGUGAGCCCUGACAGCUGUGCUGCCAUUUUGGAAAAAGCUGGUCUUGAUAACUGGGCUCUUGGGAAAACAAAAGUGUUUCUUAAAUAUUAUCAUGCGGAACAGUUCAAUUUAAUGCGAAAGGAAGCCAUUGACAAGCUUAUUUUGAUUCAAGCCUGUGUCAGAGGAUUCCUGAGUUCAAGAAGGCACCAAAAACUACAAGAGAAAAGGAAAGAGAGCACUGUAAUAAUACAGUCAGCUGCAAGAGGCCUUCUAGUCAGAAAACAAAGAAAAGAAAUCUUUAACACCAAAAACACAGCAGUAACAACCAUUCAGACUCAUGCUCAGGAAUUUGACUACAAGAAAAAUUUUGAAAAGAAAAGGGAAUCUUUUGUGAAGAAACAGGCAGAAAAUGCCGCCUCUGCUAAUAAAAGAAUCAGUCCAGCUCCAAAUAACAAAGGGAGCACAUCUGUAGUGAAGACUUUUACUUUUAGAGCUGAAGAGGAAGCCACUAAUGCUGUUGAAAAUAACACCAGAGGACAUCACACUCAGAAAAAAUUGAAUAAUGUGUAUGGGCAAGAGGCUAAGCAAGAAUCGUAUCUGGUGGGGGACCCUUGGACAGAAGUAAGCCCCAAACAGAAGUAUAUGAAAGACCUGGAAGAGAACAGUAAAAUAAGCAAAGAGGAGAAGGAGGGCACUGUGAUCCAGAAUUACUAUCAGAGCCACACAGAGGAAAGGAAUUCUGAAGAUUCGAAAGCGGUGUAUCUGGAAAGGAAGGCCUUCUCAGAAAGACCGACCUACCCAGGAAUUUGGUUAGCUGAGAAUGAAACUAAGCAGCCUUCUUUAAAAAAUACUUUGCAACCUAGUCUUAGCCAAAGGUCAGUUUAUCAAAAUGCAGACAGCAAGGAAAAAGAAAAGAAGAUAUCUGUGGUCACCCAGAACGCACCCACGUGCAGCCCAUGGAGGCACGGGAUGGCCACACAGAGUCCAGCUGAACCAUCGACGCAAGCCCAGGACGAAGAAGAUAAAGCAGCAGUGUUCAUUCAGAGCAAAUACUAGGGUUAUAAGAGAAGGCAGCAGUUAAGGAAGGACAGGUGGUCUUCUCUUAAAAGUCAAAAGCUUGUUCCAACCGCAACAGAAGUAGCAAGAAAUACUCACAAUUUGUAUUCCUGUUUUACCAAUCAUGAGGAAUCCUGUAAUAUCAAGAUGAGGAAUGAUAAAGACUCAAAUGCAAUUUCAGAAAAAGGAGCAUGUGAUUUGGCAAUGUUUUCAAAACAGAUAUCAAAGUUAUCUAAAGAAUAUUUUAUUCUGCAGAAAAAUCUGAAUGAAAUGAUUUUGUCACAGCAACUGAAGCCUCUUUAUCUGGGUGUCUAUCCUCAUAAGCCAAUGAAUAGACGCGUUUCUCCUCAGCAGUACCUCUCAGGAAACUUUAUCCUGUUUUGCAUUGUGGUUGCACCAAUCUGCAAUUCUACCAGAAGGAGGUCAUUAACUGAGAAAGAAGAAGAAUGUAAAAGGAUUUUCAAGAAAUUUUAA